UAAAAUUGUUUGAGUGUCCCUAAAUGCGUCUUUAGUUUCUCAUUGCUGUUAGUUUAAAAAAAAAAAUGCUGUUUGAAGUCUUUCAUCGUUUGAUUCAAAUAUAAGUGAUCUCCUCGCACAAUAUUCUGUGAUUUGUCUUCACUUCGUCAGUUUCACUCUGGUGUGGAGAAAGAACAGACAUGUCAUCCUGCAAGAUGUAUUCAACACCUGGCAGGAGGAUUCUCUUGAAGAACAAGUUUACUAUUUUGUGUGAUCCUAAGGGAAAUGCUUCCCAUGAGCAAGCAUCCUCCAGUGAUGCAGCUGAGCUCCAAAAGAAACUCGAUGAGGCCUUGGCCAAGAACCAUCACUGGCAUGUUUACGACCAGCAGAGAGAGGCCUACGUGAGGGCAGUUGUGAACAAAAUGACGUGGUUGAAGAAGAAGCUGGAUGAGACCACCCAGGCCCAGUCAAAGCAACACAAUAAGGACCUUUCAGAGGGAAAUCGAGACAGCCUCAGCGACUUCAUAGAUUACUUUGAAAGCUCCCUGGCGAAAGAUCAAGUCAAGCUGGCGAUACUCGAGCAGCAGCUCGACGAGGCCCACGAGGACUUUGCACAGGCCAAUGACAGGUGUGUGGAAAAGGAGUGUGAGGUGAAUGACCUCAAACAAAAGCUUGAAGGUUAUCAUCACCGCUGUGAGGAGAAUGAGCAGUACAUAAAUGAACUCCAGAGCAAAAUGGAUGAGGACAGACUGCAGUUUUCUAUCUUUCGGAGAUGUAUGGUAGAUCGCUACCAUGCAGACCAGGAAAAGAUUGAAAACCUGCAGCGACAGGUCCGCAUUUCCUCUCAAGAGCUGGAGGAUGAGGUGCAGGAGUCUUCAUAUUUGAAGAAACAGAUGAACAGAUUUCGAAAUGUAAUGCGAAGAACCCUGACCAAAAAGUCUACGAAGAGAAAACAGCACAAAGCUGUGUAUGAGGGGGAUGAGGACGAUGUCGUGACCCCAUGCCUGUCUGCGACAUCAGAAAGUAGCAUAGCGGAUGGAAGCUUCCUGAGUUGUCCUCUUUGCUGGAUCCAGUAUCCAGUCAGUCAGUAUGAAGAGCUGCUGAAUCACGUGGACGUCUGCCUGGCCUGAGCAGAGCCACAAACCUCCUCAGAUCUGCAGUUCUUCACGUUCAUUUACUCAAUUGUGUUCAACGACUCUGCUUUAUUUCAUUGAGUUGUUUGUAUUUACCCUAAAAAAGGAAUUAAAUAAACAC